AUGAGUGACGACGAUGGAUUGUUGUUGAACUUUGUUAUUCCUGAUAGUAAUGAUAGCAAAGCACCACUUGCUAACAAGAGUGUCAAAGUCAAAGGUGGGCGAUGGAAGGAUCGGAGAAAGUUGCAGUUAUCCUUGCAAGGAAGAACAAAGGAGAAAAAACUCAAAGGUGUGAAUGGUGUUGGUAUUGAAAACCCCCGAGUACCAAAACGGAAAGAAGUAGAUGAAGCUUCAAAGUCCAAGUCAAAUGAAUCAGUCCCAAGUGAAUUCAAGCGGGCCAAGUUUUCCGAAACCAAAGGACAAUCAGGCGGAAAGAACAAUUCGUAUGUCUCAUCAUUAUUCACCAAUAAUGAAACUGCAUCUCAACAUGUCACUGAUACGAAACCAACCACUGAAGAAAAGACGUAUCUACCAUCGAAUGCUCCGGUAAAGGGAGCAGCUACAUUCCUUGGUCUCGGAAUCAACGAAAAACUAUCCACUCAUCUCACAGAUCACCAGAGAUUCAAGUACCCAACCAAAAUCCAGAAAUUGGUUAUACCGAAUCUUUUGACUACCCAACGUGAUUUAUUUGUGAAAGCACAGACAGGUUCCGGUAAAACUAUGGCAUUCAUCUUGCCCAUCUUCCACAAAUUGAUGAUGGAGAAUAGACAUAAAAUCACGAGAGAUUCAGGUGUGUUUGCUAUAAUAUUGACACCCACACGGGAGCUUGCUAACCAAAUUUACUCAGUAUUGGAAAGCCUAGCUCGAUGCCAUCACACUUUGGUGCCGGGGAUUGUGAUUGGAGGAGAAAAGAAAAAGAGUGAGAAAGCAAGAUUGAGGAAAGGAGUCAACAUCUUGGUAGCCACGCCAGGUCGACUAGCUGAUCAUUUGGAAAACACAAAGUCGUUAGAUAUUAGUCAGUUGAGGUAUUUGGUGCUUGAUGAAGGUGAUAAAUUGGUAGAGUUGGGGUUUGAAGAGACUAUAUCCAAGAUUACUAGAAUUAUUGAUCAGAGCUCGAAAAUUGCCGAGACUAGUGAAAAAUGGCAAGGGUUACCCACAAGGAGAAUAAACAUGUUGUGUUCAGCCACAUUACAAAACAAUGUGAAGCAAUUGGGAAGUAUAAUACUUCUGAAUCCCGAAAUGAUUUCAGUCGAUAGGGAAGUUGAGGGUACGAUAUUAUUCGAUGAAGACACUGAUGGAGGAGCGAUGUCGGUUAGUAACUCUAGUGAGCAUGAGUCGUUUGCCCCGGAUCAAUUGAUUCAGGAUGUAUUGAUUGUACCGCCAAAGUUGAGAUUGGUUACACUUGACGCUUGUCUUUACAAUAUUGCAAAGAAAAUCGAACAAAAUGGUAUAGCAUCCAGAAGCAUGGUUUUUUACUCUUGUUCUGAUUCUGUCAAUUACCAUUUUGAUGUAUUUACUAGAGAUGGAAAAAAGCUAAAGAAGGUGAAGGAUGAAGAAACUGGUGAGAUUAAAACUGUUUUGGUGUCACCUGAAGACAGCACUGAUGAAAACGAUGCGGAUGACUCUGAAUUGACAGCACCGAUUAUCCAUAACAGUACAAUGGUCUACAAACUCCAUGGUUCAUUAUCACAGCAAACAAGAACUUCUAUUUUACAGAAUUUCAUCAAAGACGAUCGUAGAUUUCCACAUAAAGUUCUUUUCUGUACUGAUGUUGCGUCAAGAGGUUUGGACUUGCCAAACAUUGCAAAUGUUAUCGAAUACGAUGCUCCUUUCACCAUCGAUGAUCAUUUACAUAGAAUUGGUAGAUCAGCAAGAGUGGGUAACAAAGGUGAAGCUACGUUGUUCUUAUUGCCAGGUUUGGAAGAAGGUUAUAUCGAUGCUAAAUUGAAAGUUGUGCAUCCACGCGAGGAGAACUUGCGUAUUAAAAACUAUGAGCAAGUUUUGCAACAAGCAUUUGCUGAAAAAGAUGCAACUGGGAAAAACAAGCAUGACAAAUUGGGAAAUUGGGAUAUUCAUGCAACUACAUGGCAUUUGGAAGUGGAGAGAUGGCUAUUGGAGGAUUCUUCAGCAUUAUCAAAGGCUAGUCUCGCAUUCACAUCACACAUCAGAGCAUACGCCACGCAUUUAUCGCAAGAGCGGAAUUUUUUCAAUGUGAAGUUGUUGCAUUUGGAGCAUCUAGCCAAGAGUUUUGGAUUGAGAGAAACUCCCAAGAACAUAGGUAAGAAAUCGGGCAAAAAUAGCGAUAAGCAUCUUGAUGGCAUUGAUAAUGGUUCGAGAAGACCUAAAAAGGAAGAUCCAAGGAAAAAGAUGUUGAGGAUGGCGAAAUUGGCAAUCAAGUCUAAUAAUGAGUUCAAUUAUUAG